AUGUUCUAUUCUGAGACUUUGCUUCAGAAGACAGGGCCUUUGGCCCGAGUCUGGUUGUCGGCAAACUUGGAGCGCAAACUCUCCAAAACUCACAUUCUGCAAUCCAAUUUGCCUGACAGUGUCGAUGCCAUCAUCACUCCUAACCAAGCGCCGAUGGCGCUCCGCUUAAGUGGUCAACUCUUGCUUGGUGUUGUCCGAAUCUAUAGUCGGAAGGCCCGCUAUCUCCUAGAUGAUUGCAACGAAGCUCUGCUCAAGAUUAAAAUGGCUUUUCGUUCCACUGGAAACAAUGAUAUACCGGAGAAUUUGAAUAUGCCAAAUCGGGAAGCAUUGAUGCUUCCCGAUCGUAUUACUCCUGCCGACAACUUAAACAUUUUACCGCCACCAGAUGCCAACUGGUUGCUCGGCCAGAUGGAAGAUGUGAACGCUCCCCAAAGUAGCGCAGGCUCUCGAGGUCGUGGUCGACCUAGCAAUCGCGAUAUCAACUUGCAAGAAGACUUCAACAAUAGUCAGUUCUUACACGACGAUCAUAUGGACGAGGACGAGGUAGCACUUGCUCCUAUGGACGACUUGGAGUUAGAUCUGGAUUUCGGAAUGGAUAUCGACGAACGACCCCGAGGGGACAAGAGUAUUGAGAUGGGUCGAGAUGCACCUGCACCUCGCGCGGUUGAAGAUGAUAUCUUUAGCGAGCUAGAUGUUGCACCACCAGCAAAGGGUGCGGACCGCGAGCCAUCGCUGACUUUGGACUUUGGAGACGAUAAUGUUAGGAUCGCGGACGGGGAUGGUGAUAUUCCAAUGGACGAUGAUUUCCAGUUUAAUAUUGGAGAUCAGUCAGUAGCGCCUGAGAUGGGUGGUGCUCUUGGCCUCGAUCGAGCUCGCAUUUCAGAGUCUCCUCUUUCGGAUAUCGACGAAAACGUAGCCCGGGACGUAGAGGAGUGGACGCGCCUGAACAACACUAGUAUCUACGAACCGGGCCAAGAACCUGAGGAGCCCGAGCCCCUUCCUCAGAAGAGGUCAAAGAAGCGCAAGAUAUUUGGGCUGGACCCAUCUACUCAGCUUACUAGCGCGCACAUUAAAGAACAGCAACAAAGUCACGAAAAUAUCCUAAAGGCACCAACCUUUAUCUCACGAGAUCCUUAUUUCCUAGCCUUAAUUGAGCUAAAGAACAGUGGCAGUUUUGUGUCUAGCAUCAUGGGCGACGCCCGUAGCAAAGCCUGGGCUCCGGAGCUAAGGGGACUAUUAUCACUUGAUUCUAUCAGACCAGUCAAUGACCUAAAGCGAAAGAGAGAUAGCGGUGUUGCUGAUGUUGGUGAGGAAGAGGACCAAGGGGCAUCUAAAUCGCCUCGCUUGGACAUAGGUGAUGACGACGAUGGACUAGUUACCGCCGAUACAGGCUUGGGUGAUCGCAGUGUUGCCCCUGAUGGCACCAUCCUUGAGAUACCCGCAGACAACACUGUCGUACACCAAGACGACGAUGACGAUCACCAGCCCCGUGAAGGAAGCCCAAUGCCGGCAUUUGACGAGACUACAGCUCCUAUAGUACACCCCGCCGAUAGUGGCCCAGUCUCCAUGGGUACAAAACAUGCGGUCCACGUACUCCGAGAUCUGUUCGGUGAAGAGGCAGCUGCAAAUGAAGAAAAGCGGAAGAAGUCAGUAGUGUUCCAGGACCUUCUUCCCGAAGGGAGAACUUCCAAGGCGGACGCCACGAAGAUGUUCUUCGAAUGCUUAGUGUUAGCAACCAAGGAUGCCAUCAAAGUCGAGCAGAAGGAAGGUACGCUUGGCGGCCCUAUUCGGGUCAGGGGAAAGCGUGGUCUAUGGGGAGCUUGGGCCGAGACAGAAGCUGGCGGAGAGAUUGCGAACCAAGAACAAGCACCACAAGCCGACCAACCCGAGCCUGCUAUCGCUACGCCUUCUCGAGCUGUAGCGGCGGCAGCAUGA